UUCAUAAAAACGCCGUUUAGCGUUGUUGUAAACACACAAACGUCAAAGUAACGUUUCUUAUUAAUUUAUUGAUUAACAAAUUUGUGUUUAUAACAAUUUAAUUAGCAUUUGUAUCAGAUUCUCAAUUAUAUAUUAACAUUCUUAACCAAAAGGUAGGAAAAAUGGAUAAAACACGACAAAUGGAAGACGAAAUGAGCAGAUUUGAAGCUGAAAUAUCAGGAACGAUGUGUGUACCAGCGUAUAAUUACAAUUUACCUGGAUUUGGUAAUAUUCCACCUCCUCCAAUGCCACCUGUAUUAAUUCCACACCAAGUGAGUCGGUCAAAACGAUCUGGUUUUGAGGCAUUCUCUCAAAAUGUAAUAACUCAACCUGCAGUGGUUUCUGCUAAACCUGCAAUGUAUACCGCCCCAAAAGUAGCCCCCCAACCACCACAACCCGCUUCAGUUGAUUUCAUCUCGUUACAAAAUGAGGUUGAAAAGAAAUUGAAGAAAUUAAAAAACGAAAAAGUUAGCGCCGAGUUAGCUAUUAGCCAAGGAAAAGCAAGCAGCGCUUUACAAUCUUUUGGACCAGACGAUUAUCGACGUAGAGGGAAAAAUAAAAAAUUAAUGCGAACUGCCGGCGGACAAGUUUGGGAGGAUCAUUCGUUAUCGGAUUGGGUCGAGGAUGAUUUUCGGAUAUUUUGUGGCGAUCUUGGGAAUGAUGUCACCGAUGAGUUAUUGACGAGAACUUUUAAUAAAUAUCCGUCGUUUUUAAGGGCGAGGGUUGUUCGAGAUAAACGUACUAAUAAAAGUAAAGGGUAUGGAUUUAUUAGUUUUAAAGAUCCCACCGAUUUUACAAAGGCUAUGAAAGAAAUGAAUGGUCGUUACGUUGGAAGCCGGCCGAUAAAACUACGAAAAAGUUGUUGGAAAAAUCGUUGCGUCGACGUCGUUAGAAAGAAGGAGAAAGAAAAAGCUGCGUUGAUUAAUAUGUUAACUUCAAGUAAUAAUAGAUAAAAUUGUAUUUUUUUUUAUUUUUAGGAUUAAAUGAUAGGAUUAAGUAAUUGUACAAAAAAAUAAAAAUGAUUU